GGAUUUUUGAAAAUUUGUCAAUAAUGGUUAAGAUAUUGAAAAUUUUGAGUUAUAAUGAUAUAAAUAACUUCUGUAGCUGUACGCUCACACAUUCUGAAUUAUUUUCCAUUUAGAGUAUUUAGAUUCAUAGUUCAAUAUGUUCAAAGAGUACUUCAAGUAUUAUAAGUCAAGAAAACCUCCACCCUCCUUGAAAGAUGUAAUGGAUUUCGAAGAUAUUCCUAAAUGGUACUUGAGUUUUAAAGUAAAAGAGAUCAGUGGCUCCUUGGGAGUCAGUGAUAGGUUAAACAAUGGGCUGAAAGAUCCAAAUACCUGGAAAAUUUAUGAAUUGAUUGAUCAUCCGGGUUUGAUCUUCAUUGAGAAUCCAUUUACAGCCCUUGGUCAAAGAUAUUGGACUGUGCGUUGCCUUAGAGACUUUCCGUUUCCUCCAAACAAAACGAAUUUGAAGGAAAAGUUUGAUUUGAAAGUUUAUGAUCAGUUGGAACUCAAGUUGAGAUGGACAACAUUGGGAUAUCAUCAUAAUUGGGAUACUAAAGUUUAUUCAGAAGAUGACAAGAGUGAGUUUCCCGAGGAUCUAGCUGGGUUAUCUGAAAUUAUCGCCAAAAAACUAGGAUAUAAUAAGUUCAAACCAGAGGCUGCUAUUGUAAACUAUUAUUAUUUUAAUUCGACUCUGUCAGGGCACACUGAUCACUCUGAACAAAAUCUAGAGGCUCCACUUUUCUCUUUUAGUUUUGGUCAGUCUGCUAUAUUCUUGAUAGGAACAGAAUCAUUUGAUGAUAAACCGACUCCGAUUCUAUUGAGAAGUGGGGAUAUAGUAAUAAUGACCAAAACUUCACAUCUCAGUUAUCAUGGUGUGCCAAAAAUUCUAGAGGAUAAGGGUUAUCCAAAAUGGGGUGACGUAGACUCUACUGAGGAUUUUGAUGAUUAUAAUAAUGUACUUGGGACUUGUUUCGAUGGAAACUUGUGGAUGCCUUAUGAGAAAUUUUUGAGAAAUAGUAGAAUAAACAUGAAUGUCAGACAAGUCCUGAAUGACACACAGCAAUCGUUGAGUCCUGGCUGAAGUGGACAAGCAUGGCCUAAGUGAGGUGCCCAGAAGAUGGAAAUGCAGAGCAGGGUGUAGGAGAGGAAGACUUUAAAAUUCAUCGAAAUGGAAUGAGAUGUCUUUAUCAAAAAUUGAAUCUAAUAAAAAGUCUUGAGAAUUAA